ACUGUUUACGUGCAUCCGAUCUGUGCGUAUUUGGUCUCUCUAUUUUAUAAAACUCCCAGUAUUUCUCUAUUUUUAUGUCGAAAUAAUGAAGGUUAAGAUCAAAAAGUGGACUGGAGUUGGAACCUGGAGCUACAAAGUCGAUUACGAUAAUUGCGGAAUUUGCAGGCAACCGUUUCAUGGUUGCUGCCCAUACUGCAAGUGGCCAGGAGAGACGUGUCCUGUGGUGUGGGGUCAGUGCACUCACUGCUUUCAUAUCCACUGCAUGGCAAAGUGGUUGAAGGCACAGGAGCCACGUGAGCAGUGCCCUCUCUGCAGGCAGAAGUGGAGAUACGCCUGAAGAUUUUACAACCGAUAAAUCUGGCAAGAUUGUGUUCAGUUUUUGUCAGAAAUCUCUACAAGAAAUUGAGAACACAAAUUGGAACUAAUUUAAACUCCACACUAAUUGCAACCACAUAUUUCUGCUAAAAAUUAUUUCGUUAUUCAUUAGAUUCAAGUCGGAUUUCAUAAGCAAAUAGUUAAGUUUUCAUUUCUAAAACUAAAAAAAAAAAACUUGAUGCCCUCUAGUUAUCUCCUUAUCAACUUCUACACU